AUGCCUACUAUCCGCAACCCAUUCGCCCGUCGCCCGGGUCCAGCAACCUUUACUCCAGACGACACCGCUCGCACAGAUGGCGAGAACCCGUCGCAUCCUGGCUUCGAGAAGCAGGACACCGUGGGCUCCAAGGCCUCGUCUUCGUUGAGCGUGAGAACAUCCAAGAGCCAGGACAACGGCGAAUACAAGAUGAGCGUUGUCAACGAUAGCGGUGUCUACCUCCCUCCAUCUCCAACUGAGGAAAAGGGACUGUGGCCGCGCAAGUACCUCGGCUCGGGUCGCAACUCUACAGACACUCGCACCGACAGCGGCGAGAUUGAGCACUUCUCCAUCUCGAGAGAGUCUUUCGAUUCCUACAGACGGUCUUUCACCGAUCUCCCCCAACGCCAGAGCCUCGACUCCGCACGAUUCCCGCGCCUGCCUCGAUCCGCGAUUGACAGAAGGUCCGACAGGGACCUUCCCACUGCCGACGAGGGCUUUGAGGAUGUCGGCCUGGACGACCACAAGCAACAGCCCAGCCGUAAGCGCGGCCUGUUCUCGCGCUUCGGUGACUCUGACCACAAGGAGCAGAGCGCUAAUUCCCCAAACGCAAGUGUGACCCGCUUCCUGACCGGACGAAAGCGCGGACAGAGCGGAGGUCAGGAACUUGGCACAAUCGACAUUGAGCGACCAAAGUCAGCGGCCUCUGUCAGAACCACCGAAGUACGCUAA